UUUUCUUGUUUACAGGGACGAGUCAGGACCAAGACGGUGAAGAAGGCCGCUAGGGUCAUCAUUGAGAAGUACUAUACCCGCUUGGGAAACGACUUCCACACUAACAAGAGGGUGUGUGAGGAGAUCGCCAUCAUCCCCAGCAAGAAGCUACGCAACAAGAUUGCCGGGUAUGUGACGCAUCUGAUGAAGCGGAUCCAGAGGGGUCCAGUCAGAGGUAUCUCCAUCAAACUGCAGGAGGAGGAGAGAGAGAGGAGGGACAACUACGUACCAGAGGUGUCUGCUCUGGACCAGGAGCUGAUUGAGGUUGACCCAGACACCAAGGAGAUGCUGAGGCUGCUGGACUUCGGCAGCCUGUCCAACCUGCAGGUCACCCAGCCCACCGUCGGCAUGAACUUCAAGCAGCCCCGAGGAGUCUAGACAUCUGUAUAUUAUCUUCCUAAUAAAACCCUUUGGGAAAAGACA